GAGAGAGCAGUGUGUGCUUGAGCUGAGGGAUGAUGGCGGCAGCGCUGGAGAGAGGAGGGCUUCGGGCCGCUUUCCUGAACCCGGCCAGCGGUGGAGGAGGAGCGGCUCUCCCUGCAGCGGCUCCGGGGGCUCCGGGGGCUCCAGUGCCCGGCCCGGGGCUCUCAGGGUCUGGGCUCUCCGGGGCCAUGCCCGUGUCCAUGAACCUCUUCGCCACCUGGGACAUCGACCGCUCCUCUCCGAGCUGCGUGCCCCGGCUCUGCAGUCUGACGCUGAAGAAGCUGAUCGUGCUGAAGGAGCUGGACAAGGAUUUGAACUCGGUGCUCAUCGCUGUGAAGAUCCAGGGCUCCAAACGAGUGCUGCGAUCUAACGAGUACGCGGUUCCUCCCAGCGGCCUGAUGGAGACGCAGCUGGAGCUCAGCUUCUCUCUGCAGUAUUCCCACUUCCUGAAGAGAGACGCCAACCGCCUGCAGAUCAUGCUUCAGAGAAGGAAACGCUACAAAAACAGAACCAUUCUGGGCUUCAAGACUCUCGCUGUCGGAGUCAUCGACAUGGCGGAGGUGUUGCAGCAUCCGACAGACGGCGGGCAGAUUCUGGCUCUCCACAUGAAGGAGGCGCCGGCUCGCGUGGCGGAGAUCAGUGUGUUCUCACUGUCCAGUCAACCCAUCGACCACGAGUACGGCAGCGCUCAGACGCGAGCCAAGACCAAAGCCUCCGACCGUUCUCCUGAUAUGGAUAAUUACUCGGAGGAUGAUGAUGACAGUUACUCAUCAGGGCAGGAGGGCAGUGAUGAUGCUGUGAACGGACAGGAUUUGUAUGAUGAAGAUGACGAUAUACGAAAGCCAAAAAAACCCAGACGGAAAAUGAUCCGAACUGUCUCACUGACACGACAACCCAACUUCAAGCAGAAGUUUGUGGCUUUACUGAAGAGAUUUAAAGUCACAGAUGAGGUUCUGGACUCGGACCCGGUGGACCAGACGCAGGAGGUGGAGGAGGACCUGGACCUGCUGUACGACAGUCUGGAGGGCUAUCAGGGUUAUCAGAGCGACAGCGGGCCGGAGCUGGAGGACAGCGAGAGCCUCCUGAGCACGCCCAAACCCAAGCUCAGGCCGUUUUUUGAGGGAAUGUCUCACUCCAGUUCUCAAACAGAGAUCGGAAGCGUUCACAGUCACAAUCAACAGAGAGGCACAGCGUUCAACACGGGUUGUGACUUCCUGUCUGUGGAGAGGUGUGUGACGGGCUCGCGGCAGCAGGAGGACAGCGGGAACGACACCAGCGGCGGGGAGGUUGAAGCAGAGCAUCAUGGGAUAGCAAAGGCAGAUGUGUCGGAGACCAGCAGCGAUCGAUUGAACAUCUCCGGUGGAAAACUCUGCAAGACUGACUCGCAGAACCACACGAGCCCCAGUAAAGCGGAGCACAGGGUCCAUCGGCGCACGCGCAGCUCGUCCGUGAAGGACCGGCAGAACUCCAGAGCCAGCGUGGACAGCGAGUUCCCCCCCGACAGCAGGUUCAACACACAGGUGCCCAGGAAAUCAGUGUACGACCAGCUCAAUCAGAUCCUGAUCUCAGACGAGAGGCUCCCGGAGAACAUCAUCCUCAUCAACACAGUGGACUGGCAGGGGCAGUAUGUGUCGGAGCGGCUGCAGAAACACACUCAGCCCAUCGUGUCGACCUGCUCUCCUGCUGACGUCCAGGCAGCGUUCAACACCAUCGUCACGCGCAUACAGAGAUUCUGUAACUGUAACGCCCAGACUCCGCCCACAGUUAAGGUGGGCGUGGCCGGGGAUCAGGGCUAUCUCAGCACAGUGCUGCGCUUCUUCGUGGAGCAACUGGCCAACAAGACUCCUGAUUGGCUGAGCUACAUCCGCUUCCUCAUCAUCCCGAUCGGUUCCCAUCCUCUCGCCAAGUGUGUGUCGUCCUUCGACUGCAAGUUCAGCAGUUUGUUCAUGGAGCCGUCGUGGAGGGAGCUGUUCUGCCGGUCAGAGCCUCCCAGCGCAGACUCAGUUGAUGUCGCUGGACGGAUUAUUCAGUAUCUCGCUGGAGCGAAUGUGUCUCAUCAGUUUCCCAUCUCUGAGGCCAUGCUCACCUACAGACAGAAGAGGAAGAGGAGUUUGUAUUUUGAUUUUUACAUCAGUCCGGAUGAAGACUCGUGCCAAAAGUUUGUGCCAUUCAUCGGGGUGGUGAAGGUGGGCAUCGUGGAACACAGUCUGUCCACAUCAGUGGACUCUGAUGAUGCCAUGAAUGCGGGUGUCGUGUCCUCGCCCACGCCCUGCGGGAAGGAGAUGUGUGUGACUCCGCCCCCCUCUCCCUCCACAUGUGCCGUUUUCACCGGAGUGGGUUCCCCGUGCACAGGUGGAGAGCUGAUGGGGCUUCAGGUGGACUACUGGACGUGGCCGAGCGGAGAGAAGAAGCGUGAGUGUGAGAAGCGUGACGUGAAGAACACACUGAAGAGCAACUUCCGCUCGCUGCAGGUCAGCCGUUUGCCCAGCGGGGGCGACACCAGUCCCACACACUGCAUGGCCAUGACCGUCGUCACCAGAGAGAAGAACAAGAAAGUGAUUUUCCUCAGUAAGAAGCUGAAGGAGAAGGAUGUGGAUUCUAAGAGUCAGGUGAUCGACGGCAUCAGCCGGCUCAUCUGUACGGCCAGACACCAGCACACCAUGCUCAGAGUCUCGAUCGACGGCGUGGAGUGGAACGAUGUGAAGUUCUUCCAGCUGGCCGCCCAGUGGCCGACUCACGUCAAGCACUUCCCCGUCGGUGUGUUCGGCUACAGCAAACCCAUGUGACGUCUACAGGCGUGUGUGUGAG